GCGCGGUGUAGGGCAAGUGUUAUGCUAACUUUGUAGACUAAGCGGUGUUUAGAAGGGAGUAUAGUGAAGUUCGAUUGACGGCGUGAUUAUUGUGAACGAGUUCCAAGACUGAUAGAAUUUACGGUAAUUGUCAUCCGUGCAGCAUGAGCGCGCGAAACAGUUUUCACGGUUCGCGUACAUGUGUACGAUUCGUAUACAAUUAAAACUACGGCGCUCUAAAUGUUUCGAUAAAUACACAAUGAUACACAGUCUCUUUAAGGGCCUGUGCUAUCUUCUUGUGUUUACAUAUGCAUACGGCUGCAGCGUGGGUUAAACGUGUAAAAAUAAUAGCGAGGCGGUGUAUUUGUAGCAGAAAAAGGAUUACUGGCGGCGACGGUGGUGGAAGUGAGAAUAUGACAUAUGCAAUCGACAAAAUGUCUUGCUAGGAAAAAAAAACACGAGUACACGCACUGGCGUUCGUUUACACCGAUACGUGUCGGCAAUGAACGACCGAGCGUGCAUAAUUUACUCGUCUUUGCAUUGUUCGUAAGCGACACUGUGCAAUAUGAUAAAAAAAUAUGCGUAUCUUUACGAGCAGUUCUUCGUUUGUUGGUGGGUGUGCGAUCGAUACGUCACUUGGUUACGAUGUACUGAGUAAAUCCGUCGUCCGACAAUACCACCGGCGAUAAUGAUGAUUGUAAUAUUCAUCGAUCAAUUUCAUCAAUAUUAUAACAAAUAGUACAAGUACAUAUUUAUUUGUCUUCGUCAUCGUCAGCUACGGCACUAGUGGUCGGUGGUGUUGGGUGUAGUGACAAGUGACGACGACGACGCUAGGCGGUGAUUGUGACGGCGGCAGCAGCGACAGCGGUGGUGGAAAUAGCUAUGGCGGUGGCGGUCGAAUGGCGGUCGCGGUGGCGAUCGUGAUAACGACGACAGCGACGGUAGUAACGAUAUUAUCGAAUGUAACGAUGAUACCAACGACGACAGUGAUAACAAUGUCCGCGAAAUAAUGGAUAUGCAUCGCUCGUAGAAAUUAAUUCUAUUUAAAUGGACAUAAUAGACGUGGGUGAAUAUGCAAACAAAACCAGCAAGUUAUAGAAAAAGAAUUAGCUGGGAAUAAUCUCGGUUUUUAAACAUUGUUCGGCGGACGUUCGCGUGCAAAUAAAACCGAAGAGAUGUAAAAUCGAAAGGAAGAAGAACCGUCUCGUCUGCGAGAUUCGUUUACAGUGGCGGUAUUGCUUAUUUUUAGUAUAUCUGUGUACACGGUUGUUUGGCCAAGUUCGAAUUAUGUGCAUGGAAGCGACGUUACGAUGGACGAUAGACUGCGGAUAAUGGAUAAUCGGAUUGUUGCGUUGAACGUGAUAUUACGAGAAGGGGAACAAACGGAGAGAAACGCAUGAAACGGGUUAGCCUGUUCUCGUCCCCCUUGCCAAAAGUGAAGCCACGGAAUAGGACAAGUGCAUCGUACGAAACGAACACUUCGUAUUGUUGUUUUGUUAGUUUCUUAUAUAUCAAUUAAACGAAUGAUAGGAGAGAUCGAGUGUUGGAAAGUGAACGUGUAUAGGUUUCGUAUAUCGUAGGUGUAAAUACGCCUAUGUUAAAAAUCAUACAGAAGAGCGUGAUAUGUCACGAGCAGUCUUAGACAAUUUGUACGGCUAUCAAGUUCUUGAUCACCUCGAAUCAUUGUACAUACAUUACGAAUAAUGGAGACGUUAUUGCCCAGCAAUGCAAACAGCCAAUCGUACAGUCCGCAACUAAAAACUGUAUUAAAAACGUAUCAGCUGUCCGCUGUGAAAAGCUUACAGGGACCAAGCUCGGCCCUGCUUGGUAUGGACUGUAAGAACCUACUGCAAGAACAGACAUCUUGUUACUCCCCUUCCAGUCGAUCGAGUAAUUGCGUCGUUGAUUCUGUAUCGGAGUUGAUCUCCGCUAAAGAUACAGAAAAGGACAACCUGUCCGUAACGCCUAUCGUCCCGUGCAAAGUUCGUGGAACGGAUCAACCUUUCGAAGAUUCAGACGAAGAUCCUCAAUUAGAGCGCUCUAAAAAUGUUUGCGAAAAGAGAGAAUUAGAAUUUCAAAUACCUAUUCUAACAGCGCCUGACCAAAGUUGUUCCGAAAGAUGCGAAACUGUUUUAGAGGGCGAAAGAAUAUCCUGCUUUGUCGUAGGAGGUGAAAGAAGGUUAUGUUUGCCACAAAUUUUAAAUACGGUAUUACAAGAAUUUUCUCUUCAGCAGAUCAAUCAAGUAUGCGACGAAUUGCAAAUCUAUUGUUCUCGAUGCACGCGUGAUCAGUUGGAGGAACUGAAGCAUUCGGGUAUUUUGCCACGUAAUGCACCUUCUUGCGGCCUUAUCACUCAAACGGAUGCCGAAAGACUUGUCAGUGCGUUGCUAUUAAGGACAGAAUCGUGCGAACCACCUCGCGUCGGUCAAAAUGAAGAUAGCACUGAGAAAAAAGUGUCUACCAAGAAUGGUAAUGACGAAGAAUCUAUUGUCAAAUUUAAAGUGUAUCACGAGUGUUUUGGAAAAUGUAAAGGCAUUUUCGACACAAGUUUCUUCGAAUCGGAUGAUUCGGCGUGUAUAGAGUGUAUCGAAUGCGGCUGCCAAUUCUCACCUCGACGAUUCGUUAGACACGCUCACAGGUCUCUUGAAAAUCGUACUUGUCAUUGGGGCUUUGAUUCUGCAAACUGGCGGUCGUAUCUGUUACUUUCACGGGAACAAGAACAUUAUAAUAAAUCGCUUGCUGUAUUCCGAGAAUUAAAAGAGAAACAUCUUACUCUGAACUCCAAACGAAAGUCGGAGUUGCGGAUCGACUCGGAGAAACUGUCUAAGCGAAUUAGAAGAGACGUUGGGAGAGACGAUUGUCCAGGAAUGUAUAAUGGAAACGGUUUAGGCAUGUAUCAUCCUGUAUCCCAGGUAGCUAAUGCGACCGAUCCAUAUCUACAAAUGCAAUGGGCAGUCUUUGAAUUAGCAACUAGAGGGGCAUCAGCUUUUAGACCUUGGAAUACUACUAGUACUUGUAAGCACAAAGAUAAUUCGUCGUUGGUGCCUGCGUACCUUAGCCGAGGUCCGCCUGUACUGCAACAUCCAGAGUGUGUGGUUCCCCUUUCCGAGUGCAAACAUUUCGAACCACAUUUUCAACCAAAUGUAGCCUUAGCACCUAUACCUGCACCAUCAGUGCCUGUAGUACUUCCACCAUCCGCUCAUCCUCAGCGACGACAUCACCACGAGCAUAAACGUUACAAUGUUCAUUUGUCGAGCCCUCGCGAGAAAAAGGAACCUUCGUUAGAUAGUGUGAAAGUUGAAAAAACGUCACCCAAUUCGGAAUCCGGUAUCGGCGGUUAUUCCUCGGUCCCCCCGUACACGCGUGGAAGCAAUAAAAAAGAAUUGCAUCGGAGGAGCAAAAACGAAGUAGGCGAGGAAGAAGAGAGCAGCGCCGCGGUAACAUCUUCCACAGUAAACAUAGAUCCGCCCUCGGCCGAGUUUCGAACUUCUUUGCUAGAAAGUGAUUCCGACUCGGAAGGGACAACGGCGUUAGAUUUAGAAGAAAGACUGUUGGCGUUGGAAGUACCGCAAGACGUUCUGGAUCUUGCCCGUCGUAUAGUUUCGGAGAAUGUACAAUUACGGCGUCAUCGACGUUCAAACGCACGUGAGAUAUCUCAAUUACGUAAUCAAUUGCAAAUACAGAAACUACAAUCAUCAAAUGGUGGUGAUAAAAAGGCGGAGCCAGCAAACGCGAGCGCGGCCGAUAGUACCGAAGGUAGCGAAGAAACCGAACCUGUAUUACCUUCGAAUAACGAGGAGUCGGAGUCUGUUGUUCUGGCAGUUAGUAAAAAAUAAAAUCGGUGAUUAGAAUUUUUUAAAUUAUUUACUACAAAAAAACUGCUCACCAAUUUUUUGCAACGCUUGUCCUUUGGCCAGAGAGGCGUGCAUUAAAUUUAGUAUUAGCUAUAAUAAUAAUAAUAAUAAUAAUAAUGAUGAUGAUGAUAACGAUAAAAAUUCUAAAUGAUUAAAAAACUGUUUAGGUUAUGUGAUACAUAGAGAGCCUUUAACGUUAACGACGGUUUAUUUGAAAAUUUGUAUUGUAAUCAAACGUCAUUGUCUCGAUUUUUGAUUAAAGUCGAAUGUAAAUAUUGUAAUAUAUAUGGAAAAGCAAAAUAAGUUAACCAGAAUUUACCAUGCCAUUUAGUAGUUACACGUAACGGUUAUUAAAUAAGUUUCUCGUGCAUAUUAAAUAUGCACACGCAGCAAAGAUUUCGAUGGUCGGCUGUUUCAAUUUUUCUAAUUGAACGACGAUCAGGAAAAUAAAGAGAUUAGAUUUGCUUUCCAUUUACUUUUUAUAGUCAUGACUGCAUAAUGUAAAUACAUUCAAGUAUCAUAGAUGUAUGUUUAUAUUAAUAACAUCAUGCAAAAUAUUGCUAAAGUACAAACAACCUUUAGGUGCUAUAUCGUUACAUUAGGAAUGUUCUAAGCAUAAAUCUAGGUGUAUUUCAACAGUUCGUACUAUACCAUAAUAUUAAACACCUUGAUUACUUUUUAAUUUUAUUAUCUUUAUAGGUGUCGAAUGCAAACGAAACUUGAUUCGACGCUAAUAAAUUCAAUUCGAACGGUUAUACGGAAGUAAAUGAAAUUAUUAUUAUACGAUACGAGUGAUAUUACAGGGAAUUUGCGAUAAUUUAAUUUAUACUGAAAAUUAAUAAUUCUUUUUAUACGUCUAGUAGUCGUUACAUUAUUUUACGACGAGACAACUAAUUCCAAUUUUUUAAAAAUGGUUCGAUCGUGUUACGAACAGUUGCAUUAAGACUGGAAUUAACGUUAUUUUAUUCAGGGGAUAUUCUAGUGUGAAAUGCGUUUCUUAAAACUCUUUUUAGGAAUUUUUUUUGCAUAUAAAUUAUAAUACCUUUUACAGUCGAAUUUACAAGGUGUAUUUAUAUAUGUUUUAAUGACAUUUAAAAAUUUUUAGCACCGAGUACUCUUAAACGCAGCCGCCAUUUUAUUUGUUUGAAAUGAAAAAAACGUGAAAGAUUCUUAAUUAGCAUUAGUUUGACUGUAGCAGAUACUAGAAUAAAAAAAAAAAAUCGAUAAUUUAAAAAAUGGCAACGUUUAUCAAUGUUUUUUUUUUUUUAAAUUUCGAAAAUCUAAAGAAAUGUAACAAAAAGAUUAACAGCUAUAGCUUCGUUAAUUUUAGAAGUUGAGGCACAAGGUUUUGCAAAUAUAUUUUCCAAAUUAUAUUCUUUGAGAAAAUGCCAAAAAAAAAAGAAAUCGAUUUUUUCAAAGGCUCGCAUUAGAAUAUCCCCUGUUUUUAUUUUUUUUUAUUUUUCUCGCAAUACCGUAUAUUGUCCCAUGAAAAUAAAUGUCUUGUUAGCGAGUUUUGCAUCUUUAGCAAAAAUACUGUAGCGUAAAACAUUUGCUGUAGGGAAUCGUUACGUAGAAUUAUUAUACUUUUCGUAUUGAUAUUUAUUUGAAACAUUAUAUUUACAUAUCAUUUUAACUGUAUUUAAAAAUUUGGAAGAUGUUCAGCCCUGCGGGUCGUGAAAUUUGAAAUGUGAUUUAUUAGAAAUAUUUGUUUCACGAUGAAAGGAAUUAAGAUUUACGAAAAUAAAGUAAUCAGUACUUGUAGGGUAUUCCGGAAGAAAAUUAUAAGCACAACUAUGCCUUUUAUCGAACACUAUUCUUGUUUCUGCUCGUUAUUAUGGCAUGUACAUGCAAUAAUAGAAAGAAUACAUUUUUUUUAAAUGUUUAUACAAAAGUAACACUGAUUUAGAGAUAUACCUAGAUACACACUAGACAUCUAAGA